CCCAGGGCGGACAACGAUGAAGAAGAAUAAGGCGAAGCACUGGCAAACAGUGGAGGAUUAAUUCCUUUCCUCCUUCAUAAUUCCCAGUUUGCCGAGUCCAUCUUCCUUCUGCUGUUGUACCCGUAAGGAGCUUGUUUUGCUUGAAUAUCUCUCACUACCAAUGGCCACAAAGCCAUUGAGCAACAUAUGGAUUCGACAACAACAAUGCCCAUGCGGAGACUGGAAGUGCUACCUUAGGUCUGAUGGAGAUGAUCAAUCAACAUCAAUAAACUCCCACUUACCAAAGAAUGAGCCAACGACAUCAUCCUCAUCAUUGGUCGAACCAGUCUUCACACCCUAUGUUGGUCAGAUUUUCAAGACCGACGCAGAUGCCUUUCAGUGCUACAGCAACUUUGCGCGAAAGAAUGGCUUCUCAAUCAGGAAAGCACGAUCAACUGAAAGCCAAAACCUUGGAGUCUAUAGGCGUGACUUUGUUUGCUACCGGUCGGGAUUCAAUCAGCCUAGAAAAAAAGCCAAUGUGGAGCAUCCCAGGGACCGAAAGUCGGUUCGAUGUGGAUGUGAUGCAAAGUUGUAUUUAACAAAGGAAAUAGUAGACGGUGUUGUUCAGUGGUAUAUCUCACAGUUCAGCAAUAUACACAAUCACGAGUUGUUGGAAGAUGAUCAAGUUCGACUCUUACCUGCAUAUAGAAAAAUUCAUGAAGCUGAUCAAGAACGUAUUGUCUUGUUAUCCAAGGCUGGGUUUCCUGUGAAUCGGAUAGUUAAAGUGUUGGAGUUGGAAAAGGGAGUUCAGCCUGGGCAGCUUCCCUUCAUAGAGAAGGAUGUGAGAAACUUUGUAAGGACCUGUAAGAAGACUGUUCAAGAAACUGAUGUUUUGCUUACUGAGAAGAAGGAGAACGAUAGGUUGGAGCUUCUUGAAGCAUGCAAGGGUAUGGCAGAGAGGGAUAGUGAUUUCGCUUAUGAUUAUAGCACAGGUGUAAAUGAAAAGAUUGAGAAUGUUGCAUGGGCAUAUGGGGAAUCCGUUCGAGCCUAUGCAUUGUAUGGAGAUGUUGUUUACCUUGAUACAACCUAUCGUUCAAUAACCUAUGGAUUGCUUCUAGGAGUGAUGUUUGGCAUGGAUAAUCAUGGGAAGGCUGUUCUGUUCGGAUGUUUCUUGCUGCAAGAUGAAAGUUGUAACUCUUUUGCAUGGGCUUUACAUACUUUUGUUCGAUUUAUGAGAAGUAGACAGCCACAGACGAUUCUAACAGAUGUAGAUUCUGGGAUUAUGGAUGCUAUAGCAAUGGAAUUGCCAGAUGCUAAGCAUGUGAUAUGUCUAUGGCACGUGAUGUCCAAGUUGUCUAGCUGGUUCUGUUUGCUUCUUGGUCAGCAGUAUGGGGAUUUUAAAGCUGAGUUUGAUAUCAUCUGUCGCUUGGAAAGUGGAGAGGAAUUUGAACACCAAUGGAAUCUUUUGAUUGGAAGAUUUGGACUUGUUUCGGAUAAGCAUGCUGCUUUGCUCUACUCGUAUAAAGGAUCCUGGUCAAUGAGUUAUGUUAGAGGGUGCUUUCUGGCUCGUAUGUUGACUCCUGAGUUCUCGCAGUCGGUUGAUUUGUUCUUGAAAAGGAUUCUGAAUGGACAGUCAUGUUUGCAAGUGUUCUUUGAGCAGGUGAAUGCUGCUGCCAACUACGCGAAUGAAGCCAAAACCAGGAUUUACUAUUCGCCGAUCAAGACAGGCACACCUAUCGAAGAGCAUGCACGGAGCAUUCUUACACCUUACGCUUUCAACAUCUUUCAGCAAGAAAUUGUGUUGUCCAUGCAAUAUGGAGCGCAAGAACUGCCAGAUGGGUCAUAUCUCGUACAACAUUUUAAGAAAUUGGAUGGAGAAUAUUUCAUAAUUUGGAUACCUGAAGAGGAACAGGUUCACUGUUCGUGCAAAGAAUUCGAGCACUCGGGGAUUCUGUGUCGGCAUUCUCUGAGGUUACUUCAGCUCAAGAACUGCUUUCAGCUCCCAGAAAAAUAUUUACCAGUCCGCUGGAGAAUUACUGUGGGAGAAGAUCCUAAUGCUGAAAGCAACAGUGAUGAGUGUGUUCAAAGCUUCCAUAUUCUUGCUGCAUCUCUACUGACUGAAUCGGUGAUAUCCAAAGAUCGGUUUAGUUAUGUUCGUAAGGAGCUUUCAACAAUACUUGAGCAUGUUCGAAGCAUGCCAGCUGGAGAAGAAUUGCUUCUCAAUGUGGCUGCUAAUAAUGGCGUUGAAUCAUAACUGGGAUAAAAUAUAGUCUAGGGUGACCUAUAUAAACCAGAGUUAUAACAUUGCGCAUCAAAAUAUAAUUUUUGCUUAUCUUUGAUUGCGUUGAACAGCAACCGGAAGGGGUGAAAUACAAGCUUUUUGGUUGCUUCUAUCUGCAUCUUUAUUCAAUUAUUCUUGGGUUAAUAUAUUUGUAUGGCAUGAACUUUGAUUAAAAUAAUCAUCCCGACCAAUCUUUUC